AAACAGUUGUACCAGGACCUCGCGGACUGUAGUGCGACGUUGGGUCCCAGCGAACGACAGCUAAUCUCAUUUGCGCGUGCGCUACUACACAAAAGCAAGAUCGUGAUAAUAGAUGAAGCUACAUCCAGUGUGGAUUAUCGUACUGAUCGUCUUAUCCAGGAAGUGAUCCGUACCUGGUUUAUCGAUUGCACUGUCAUCACCAUCCCACAUCGACUGAGCACGAUUAUCGACUAUGACCGCGUCAUGGUCUUGGAGCGAGGAAAGAUUGUCGAGCUGGACAAACCGGAAGUCUUGCUGAAAAGGAACGAUGGUUAUUUUGCCCACUUAUAUGGAAAUCAAUGUCCGUCAUGA